UGGGUUCGAUAUUUCCUAUAUAAACCCGCUACCACACCCUCUUUCUCUCAUAUUUGCAUCCUUCUUGUGUUCUCUCUCCAUCUCCUCUUCCUCUCUCUAGAUUCAAUGAGGUCCCGAGAGGUCUAAGGGUUGUUUGCUGUUCGUCUUCACUGUUGGCAUGUCAUGUGCAUUUUCUACUAAAAUUGAAGCCCAAAGUGUGUCAGUACUACCUGUUUGGAUAUCCUUUUCCAUUUGUAUGCAUUUAUAUAUGAGAUGGGUUCUCGAGGAAGACCACUAUUUGACCUUAAUGAACCCCCUGCAGAAGAUGAAGAAGAGAAUGAUGGUGUCUUUAGCUUCCAGCCUCAGAAGGCACUUCCUUCCUUAAAUUCCCAUACUCCUGACUUGUUUUCUACAUCAUCAGGUCCUCAACGAAUCCUAAAUAACCAUGCUUUUACACAUGCAUCUUCCGUUUCGGGCUUUCAGCCUUUUGUUCGGCCUAGAGGAGCUAAUGUCUCUGAAGAGCCUGUUGAACAAAAGAGGGCUGGGAAUCAGAAUUCAAAGUUUGCCUCAUCAUCUAAUGCCGGUAAUGGCGAUGAAACAAAUGCAGGACCGCAGCUAGUUUCGAGUCCUGCAGAUGCUCAAGCUGUUGAAAGAGAAGAAGGGGAAUGGUCUGAUGAUGAAAGCUCAGCUAAUGUAUAUGGAAGCAGUAGUAUGCAAGAGCAGUCAGUUAGUGGAUCUGGUAAAGCUCAAGCAAUGUCUGAGCAGAUGGAUUACCAUGCUUCUAGUGUGGCUGCAGAGACACUUUCUUGUGAUAUAAAAGUUUUUGAAAGUACCAAGGAGGAAAAUAAUAGUCAUGCCUCUGUAACGUUGGAUCCAGACACACAUGAUCAGAGAAGUAACAGUAGCAGAAAUUCAGAAGGCAAUGGUAAAGGUGAUGUGGGUCCCAUGGAUGGUCAGGAAGAACCUGGUUUAGUACCAAAACUGAAAGAAGUUAAGGGAGUUGAAGCAAGCUUUGCUGUGAAAUGUGCAAAUAAUCCUGGAAAAAAGCAUAAGCUUGACCUACACAAAGAAGCGAUGCUUGGGAAAAAAAGAACCAGGCAGACUGUGUUUCUUAAUUUGGAAGAUGUCAAGCAAGCUGGCCCUAUGAAAACUUCCACUCCAAGAAGACAAAACUUUCCAGCACCUAUUACAACACGAAUUGUUAAAGAAAUUCGUUCUGUUCCUCCACCUGCUGAACGCAUUGGAGAAAAGCAGAAUCAUUCCAUGAUUAAAGAUCAGAAACAAGUGGAUUUAUCAUCUAAUGAAGGAGGAGGAGGAAAUCUUGUAGAAUCUAAUGAACCUAAAUCUGAAAGUAACAAUGAUAUGAAUUCUGGACUUCUAGGUAGACCUAGGAGGCUAAAUAGUGCUAAUGAUAUUUCUGCAGAGGUGCACCCACCAACAAUUCCAAGACAGAGUUCAUGGAAGCCCACAGAUUCAAGGCAAUUUAAGAAUUCACAGUUUUCUGGCAGGAAGCCAUCUAUGAUCAAUCAAAGUGAAUCAAAAUUGGUAAACAAGAAACAUCCUCCUGCCAAAAUGCAAACUACAGUGAGCUCACAAUAUCAAGAUACUUCAGUGGAACGCCUUAUACGGGAGGUGACAAAUGAAAAGUUUUGGCAUCACCCAGAGGAGACUGAGCUCCAAUGUGUUCCUGGUCGGUUUGAAUCUGUAGAAGAAUAUAUUAGAGUGUUUGAGCCUUUGCUUUUUGAGGAAUGCCGAGCACAACUCUAUAGCACCUGGGAGGAGUUAACUGAAACAGUUUCAAGAGAUCUACAUGCAAUGGUCCGGAUAAAAAGCAUUGAAAGGCGAGAAAGAGGAUGGUAUGAUGUGAUAGUCCUUCCAGCAAAUGAAUGCAAGUGGACAUUUAAAGAGGGUGAUGUUGCAAUUCUUUCGGCUCCCAGGCCUGGAUCAGCAGUUAGAUCCAAGAGGAAUAACACAUCUUCAAUUGAAGAUGAUGAAGAGGCGGAGAUCAGUGGACGUGUGGCUGGUACUGUCAGACGACACAAUCCAAUUGACACUCGUGAUCCUGUGGGUGCAAUCCUCCAUUUUUAUGUUGGGGAUUCAUAUGAUUCUAACAGCAAGGUUGAUGAUCAUAUUCUAAGGAAACUUCAUCCCAAGGGUAUCUGGUAUUUAACAGUGCUUGGUUCUCUUGCAACCACCCAGCGGGAGUACAUUGCUCUUCAUGCAUUUCGUCGUCUCAAUUUACAGAUGCAAACUGCUAUCCUUCAUCCAAGUCCAGAACACUUCCCAAAAUAUGAAGAGCAGCCCCCUGCCAUGCCUGAAUGCUUCACACCGAACUUUGUUGAAUAUUUACACAAAACCUUCAAUGGUCCCCAGCUAGCAGCAAUUCAAUGGGCUGCCAUGCAUACGGCUGCUGGCACAAGUAGUGGGGUGACAAAGAGGCAAGACCCAUGGCCAUUUACUCUAGUUCAAGGGCCUCCAGGGACAGGCAAGACACACACAGUCUGGGGAAUGCUAAAUGUCAUCCAUCUUGUUCAGUAUCAGCACUACUACACUGCUCUGCUUAAGAAAGUAGCACCUGAAAGUUAUAAGCAAACUAAUGAGAGCACUUCUGACAAUGUCUCUAUGGGAUCCAUUGAUGAAGUUCUCCAGAGCAUGGAUCAAAACCUCUUCCGCACUCUUCCAAAACUUUGCCCAAAACCUAGAAUGCUUGUUUGUGCUCCCUCUAAUGCUGCAACUGAUGAGCUGCUGGCACGUGUUCUUGAUCGUGGAUUUAUUGAUGGUGAGAUGAAAGUUUAUCGUCCUGAUGUGGCCCGAGUUGGAGUUGAUUCACAAACACGGGCUGCUCAGGCAGUUUCUGUUGAGCGUAGAACUGAGCAGCUUUUGGUUAAGAACCGUGAUGAAAUUCUUGGAUGGAUGCACCAGUUAAAAGUUCGUGAUGCACAGUUGGCUCAGCAGAUGCUUUGUCUUCAAAGAGAGCUCAAUGCUGCAGCAGCUGCUGUUCGUUCGCAGGGGUCUGUUGGAGUUGACCCUGAUGUUCUUGUGGCUCGAGACCAAAACCGAGACACAUUGCUUCAAAACCUUGCAGCAGUGGUUGAAAGCAGGGAUAAGAUUCUGGUUGAAAUGAACCGCCUGGUCAUUUUAGAAAGCAGGUUCCGUUCUGGAAGCAAUUUCAAUUUGGAAGAAGCCCGUGCAAAUCUUGAAGCAAGUUUUGCCAAUGAGGCUGAGAUUGUUUUCACUACUGUCUCAAGCAGCGGCCGUAAAUUGUUUUCUAGGCUUACUCAUGGCUUUGAUAUGGUUGUUAUUGAUGAGGCCGCUCAAGCCAGUGAAGUAGCAGUUCUACCUCCCCUUUCUCUUGGUGCAGCACGUUGUGUUCUUGUUGGGGAUCCUCAGCAGCUGCCUGCAACAGUAAUCAGCAAAGCCGCUGGAACAUUGUUAUACAGUAGAAGCCUCUUUGAAAGGUUCCAGCAAGCAGGCUGCCCGACAAUGUUGUUAUCUGUGCAGUACAGGAUGCACCCUCAUAUUCGGGAUUUCCCAUCAAGGUACUUUUACCAAGGACGUCUUACUGACAGUGAAAGUGUUACUAAUUUACCUGAUGAGGCAUACUACAAGGAUCCUUUACUUAGACCUUAUGUGUUCUAUGAUAUUACACAUGGACGGGAGUCACACAGAGGUGGAUCUGUCUCCUAUCAGAACAUACAUGAAGCACAAAUAUGUCUCCGUUUGUAUGAGCAUCUCCAGAAAACUUUGAAGUCUUUGGGUAUGGGAAAAAUUUCUGUUGGCAUAAUCACACCAUACAAGCUGCAGCUGAAAUGCCUACAACGGGAAUUUGAUGAUGUUUUAAGUUCUGAAGAAGGGAAGGAUUUGUAUAUCAAUACUGUUGAUGCUUUCCAAGGGCAGGAACGUGAUGUCAUUAUUAUGUCCUGUGUCCGUGCCUCUAGUCACGGGGUGGGCUUUGUAGCUGAUAUACGCCGAAUGAAUGUUGCUCUCACUCGUGCAAGAAGGGCACUAUGGGUUAUGGGGAAUGCUAAUGCGCUGAUGCAGUCUGAUGACUGGGCAGCAUUGAUUUCUGAUGCCAGAGCCAGGAGUUGCUAUUUGGAUAUGGACUCUCUUCCCAAGGAGUUUCUUGUACCAAAGGGACCUACUUAUGGCCCAUUAUCAGGUAAGGUUUCCUCUAAUAUGAGGGGUUUGAGGUCUGCUGGGCCAAGACAUAGGCAGUUGGAUAUGCACGUGGAGUCCAAGUCAGGAACUCCGUCAGAAGAUGAUGAGAAGUCGAAUGCAUCAUUAAUUUCUAGGAAUGGGAAUUAUCGGCCCUUAAAGCCAACAAUGGAGAAUUCCUUGGAUGACUUUGAUCAGUCAGCUGAUAAAUCCCGGGAUGCUUGGCAGUAUGGCAUUCAAAAGAAGCAAAGUUCUGCUGGGGUUGUAGCAAAGAGAGAUUCAUAGCAGUUGGCUUUUGUUGUCUGCAAAUUCUCUUGGUGCCUUAGGGGAGCUUCAGGCAUAAUUUAUUUUUCUUUUCUGAUGCUUGCUCCCAGUGCCGAAAGCUCUUGAAGCAUUAGCUCCUUUUGCUGAUCUUGUGAAUGGAACACAGUUAAUUUGGAACAAGUUCCUGUUGGCUUAUGCAGGAUACUUUUCAUUAGUUGAAAAGAUCAGGGAAAAGAGGACCUGAAGAGACAGUGGCCAAGGUUGGUUGCUUUUACUGAAGAUAAAUUUUGGUUGGAUUGGUUCUGUAUGCAUUUGGGAAGGUUGUGCAGAACCAUGUGCCUAAUCCUCUAGCUUACAUGCUUCAAAAAGAAAAUUUUUUAUUAGAUCUCCUGACAUGGCAGUCUCCUGGCUUGACUUUUUAUACAUGGAUCUGCACCGGGUUUACUGCAUGUCCAAUUACAAAUAAUUAAAGGGUUCAAUGUGUGGGUUGACCAGCAUUCUGCCUGCUUGGAUAUGUGAGCUGCAACUUUUGCCCUGUGAGUACCCUCCUCAAUUCGACAUUGCGUUAAGGCUUUGAUUGAGUAGGAGUUGGUGAGAGCUUCCCAGUUAUGCCCCUGACAUUGUAGCUUCCCUCACACAAUAUAGCUGCUGACUCCUUGGAUCUUGAAAUGCUGAUAGACUUUGUUCAUGUAAAGCAAUUCACAUUUAAAAGAUGCAAUGUACAUUCUUGGGAUAUGCAGAGGCUUAGGUUGACAUCUGAAGGGAUAUUCAAAAUCUGGGAGGAUUAACUGAAUCUCAUUUCUUCCAGUUUUGGAAUGGGCCAUAAAAUGCCAAAUCUGUGACAAGUCGGUAUACUUACAGUCAACAUUCUGUAUAGAAAGGAAGGAGAGUACAGGAUCUAUAAAAGAAAAAUCUAAUACCAGAGGCAUUGGGGAUGUCAGACAACUUGUACAUACAUCGUCAGCUAUGGAAUGAAACAAUUCUUUCUGAUGCAUGAUCUCAUUCUUUUUUAUAUUUUGUAAUUUUAUUUUUACCCCUUUUUGCUGAAAGAUAACAAUCAUUGUGUUAGGCUUCCUUUCAAUUAUAUAGUUUAACAGUGUCAGUCACAUUUGAAUUUUAGUGUAUGUCAUCUUCUUGACAUUGAUUAUAUUCCAUUAUUCUCCAAUUUGAACCCUUUUAAUGCAAAGGUCAGCUUGAGCUUAUAAUCUUAAUAUCCAAUUUAUUGAAUAAUGUGCCUGGUGCUUUUACUAGUAGGGUGUUGGAUUGUCAUUUCAAAAGGGAGGAAUAAGACUAUGUGGUUUGAGGACUUAUUAUUUUUUAUUUUUUGUGAUGGGAAAAAGAGGGUUGGCGUUGGUAUUUCUAUGAUUUCGUAUUUUGUGAUAUGAUCAGAGAGGCAUCUGAACAGGGCAUUAGUGUCCAGUGAAGAGUUCUCUAUUCUGUGUCUGCUAACUAUUUAAAAAGUGAUCUAUAUGUGUCUGCUAAGUAUUUAAACAGCAAGAAAGAUAGCAAGAUUGUUUCAUAUAGUUGAUUUUGCUGAAAUGAGUGAAUAUAACUUUUGUUCAUAUUUUGUUUUGUACAUUCUAUGCUUAGCAUGGUUUUUUGCAUUGUUCCUAGUUUCUCUCACUGAUUGCUUUGCUUUUCAAUUGAUUUCUUUCCGGAUUCUCAGCUUCCUGAUCUUCCAUUUGCAUUUAUCCAUUCUCCACUGAAGGAUGGAUAUUCCAGAGGCAGGCUCUGUAGGAGGAAGUGAGUGUAAGGCAGUUCAAUUUGUUCUCCAUCAGAGCCUUAUUUUGCGUGGGAAUUUGGAUCGGCAAGUUAGCCAGAACUCAUGAAAUCAGAGGACAUUUGACGCAGCCAACCUGUUUGGAGAGUUCUUGAACAACUUGUAUAGAUGAAGAUUAAAGAACUAGGAUGUGCAGUAAUGCAAUUGAGAACAACCUGAACUCCAUUGGAACUUAUGCUGCGGCUUUGUGUUGGUGAUUACAGGUUCCAUCCCUGCCUCAAUUUCAAUUAUUGUCUUUCAUCCAAGUGUAAGUGUUCAUUACAUGAGUUUUUGGGGGGCCAUAAUCUAAUAGAACUUGAAAAUUCUGUCAUGAAUAAGAUUUUAUUGCGCAGAGCUGCUUCUUUUUUAUUUAUUAUUUUACUUUAUUUUUCCUGGUGUGGGUGUGUCGGGGGAGGACAUGGUGUGGGUUCUGUUGUAAUAGCCUUUGCUCGAUUUAGGAAUUGGACGUGCUUGGCACAACCAUAUCUAUAGAACAAUAAGCAGCUUGCUUGUGAUUUUGCUUGCAAAUCUCUAAUUCCAACUACUAAUAUGAGAGUAGAUUUAGGUGAUAUUGUUAUUAGAAUCCAUAUUUAGACAUGACAAUAACUAACUGAGCGUUGAAAUAGCAUUGAUUUUUUUUCUCUCUGCUACAGAAGAUGUCGGAAUUCAUGAAAAGUCAGAAGCUAAUAGUAAUACGGACACUUGAAAAUUGGCUGUAGCUCAAGGAAAUAGUGAAGAAUUAAUAAGAAAAUGGCAAAUGGUAUUUUGAUUUAGGAAAAAACAUAUACCGUUUCCAUGGAAUUAAAGUAAAUAAUUAGGGAAUUUGCAGUAUUUUGAUAGACUUAAAAAGGAAAUUGAAGAUUAAUAUAUAUUGCUCAAAAUCUUUUUUGCUCCAAUGGGUUUUUUGGCCUAUAGAAUUAGCCAUUUCUGCCAUCUAGUUUUUACAUUUGAAGGAUUAAACAGAGUUGGUUUCAUUCUAUCUUCUUGUCAGUGUCCAUUUUUGUGGGAACUUCUGAAGAGACAGUGAAACAAACCCCAAACAACUGUUUUUGACUCACUUUAAGUGAAAGCCACUUAUUUGGACACAAAGGGUUUGAGAUGAGCUGCAUAUUCCAGAUUUAUUGUUAUUGGGACAUUUCUUUAAGUUGUGAUAAUCCCUUCUACUUGUUUAGCAUUUCAUCAGGAUGCCUAAAUUUUAUAAAGAACAUUGUAGAACAAGGUGUGGCAAAGAUAGCCGAAGACAAGAUGAGUGAAGCACACCCAAUUUAAUUUUGUGUAGUGAGUAGUAACUACUAAAUUCCUAAUUUUUCUUUUAAUAGGAAACAGCUACUGGAUUUCUAAAUAUUGCUAACUUCAUGCAUUUCAUAUUUACCUAUACAUCUUUUCUGCAGUUUCUAUAGCAAUAGCAGUGCAUUUAACCAAUCUUUGCCAAAAUUUCCGAGGUUGUAUGUUAAAACUACUAAAGUUCUCAUUUUUUUUUUCUAAAUAGGUAAAAGGUACUGGGUUCCUUGAUACAGGAAAUACAUAUAUUUCAUAUUUGCCUCUACAUCAUUUUUACAGUUUCUAUAGCUAUGGAAGAAUAUGUAAAUCAAAUCUUUGCCAAUUCUUCUAGCAUUAGAAUAUAACCAAAUGAGAUGUGUAUCCUGUCUUCCUGCUUAUUUUCUUUUAUAUAUUUAUUUUGGUGGAGCUUCAUUGUGCUUGCAUGUGUGCGCGUGUGUUUGGUUAUGAUGCUGGGAUUAUGAGGUCUAUAUUAGCGACCAACUCCUACUUCUGAUAUCUAUCCAUCAGUUGCGAUUUCAUGCGGGUGGAUUUGUAUUGCUAUGAUAAAAUCAUAAUUGGCUUCUAGCAUGGAGGAGCAAGAAACUUUAAUUUUCUAUUAGGGGAAUAUAUUAGAGUCAUCUGAAUAUUCCCCCACUUCUACUUUUUGAAUCCUGUAUCCUUCUGAAUUUAUAUAAUUUCAUAGAAAACAUUUACUCAUGGAUGCUAAUUUUCCACCUGCAGGUUAAGUCGUUGGCAGAAGAUAGUGUUAUCAUGGGGUGGGGUUGAAAGUUCAAUUCUUUUCAUGCUUAUAUGGGUUCUAAGCUGUAAUUUAUGAUAAUGUUAUUAAAUAAUGUGGGAGGCACGGCAGAACCAUGGUUGUAGCAUUUUAUUUUGGUUGGGGUUUGGAGAUUUGAGGACUCAAUCCCCCCAAAAGGCAAAAAAAAAAAAAAAAAAAAAAAAAAAACCCAUAAUCGGGAACGGCUCUACUAUAUGGUAUUUCCCAGAUCUUAAAGAGGUCGUGCUUUUAUUUUUGACAAGACCUUGGUUGUAGCAAUUUAUUUAUGGUUGGGGUUGGGUCAUUUUUUAGGACUAUAAUCGUGUCCUUAUGGUUUAUGAUUUCUGAAGAACUCUCAUUUCUGGUGCAUAAUUGAAAAUAUUUUGCAUUAUUCAAA